UGCGCAAAUCUGAUUCUGCCCGAUCGUCGUACACACACUCGUGUGGCUACUUCAUCACACCACAGACAAAGGGAGCCGCGCGGACAAAGACGCCAGCACCCGGACAGACUCUCUCUCCCCCAUCCCGGACGUCUCUACUCGGCCUACGGAAAGGAACUGGUGCGCUGCGGACCCAGACACACUUCACAGUGGCGUCCCUUCGAUUAUAGUAACACCCCCCGGACUGCCCAGCUGGAAUAGUGGCACCGAUACCUGGUGCUACUAAGACCCUGCAAACGGACAAGCCAUGGAGAACGGUGAACAAGAGCACGCCGAGGAAGCCCAGCCGACCUAUGCUGAGGCGUUCCCUCCCCUGAUGCGGGCCGGUUCUCCCCCAAAAGUGUCCUCACCACAUUCGGCAUGGCCUGUCAAGCCCAUUCGUAGCUCUACUAUGACCCAGGUGUUCCACGUCCCUCUCGAGGAGCGUCGCUACCAGUUCGAGGAGGUCUCGUUUGGCGGUGAAACCCGCCAGUCGGAGAUCGUCCGAGAGAUUCAGGAGAAGACUGGCUGCGAUAUUGAGAUGACUCAGACAAAGGACAAGGGGCUGACAAUCAUAGUGACUGGUCGCCAAACAAGUGUAGCUACCGCCAGGAGAGACCUCCUCAUCAAGCUACAGACCCAGGCUCAUUUUGAUCUGAAAAUCCCAAAGGAGCACCAUCGUUUUGUGAUCGGACGCCAGGGAGAGAAACUGAAGACCAUCGAGUUACAAACCGCUACAAAGAUCUCCGUGCCUCGUUCUGAAGACCAGAGUGACAUCGUGAAGAUUGUGGGCACCAAGGAAGGAGUGGACAAGGCACGUCACAUUGUCCAAACCAUCUCCGAUGAACAGGCUAAACUGGCAUUCGAGCGUCUGGAUAUCAGCAAAGAUUACCACCCCUUCAUCUCCGGACCAAACGGUGCGACGGCCAAAAGGAUCAUGGAGGAGACGGGCGCAAGGAUCAACAUCCCACCUCUCUCGCUAAUGAAGAACGAGAUGUCGGUUGCCGGGGACAAGGACGGCGUCGCUAAGGCCGUGGCUGAGAUACAAAAGAUCCAUGCGACUGUUAAGCGAACGAUGUCGUCCGUUUCUGUCGAGGUUCGAAAGUCCCAACACAAGUACAUAGUUGGACCUCGAGGUGGCGGACUCCAAGAGAUACUGGGCAACUGUGGGGUGUGGGUGGAGGUGCCGAGUGCAGAAACCGACUCCAACACCAUCACCCUCAGAGGACCGCAGGAGAAACUAGGACAGGCUCUGACACAGGUGUACGAGAAAGCUAACAGUGUUGUGACCGAAGAGGUGUACGCCCCACGAUGGCUCCAUCGAUUCAUCAUCGGCCGAAAGGGACAGAACGUUCAGAUGAUCACCAAAGAUCUUCCCAAGGUUCACGUUGAGUUCAACUCCGACUCGGAUAAGAUUGUUCUAGAAGGUCCUCCGACCGAAGUCCAACAGGCCAAGGAAUCCUUCGAAUCAUUCACUGAAGACCUGAUGGCAACAAUGGACUAUGCCGAGAUCAAAGUGGACCAGAAGUACCAUCGUCAUGUGAUCGGCAAGGGAGGAGCCAGCGUGAACCGGAUCAAAACCGAGACAGGAACGUCCAUCAUCAUUCCGCCUGACAACGAACACAAUGACGUCAUUCGCAUCGAGGGAGACCCUAAAGGAGUGGCAGCUGCCAAGACCAUGCUUCUGGAGCUGGCUACAAAGAUGGAGAACGAGCGUUCGAAGGACAUUCUCAUCGACCAGCGUUUCCACAAGCAGAUCAUCGGAUCGAAGGGAGAGAAGAUUCGCGAGAUUCGGGAUCGUUUCAACGGAAUUCAAGUCUCCUUCCCGGAGCCCAGCGAGAAGAAGGACAUCGUUACUUUGAGGGGACCGAAACAGGACGUAGAGAAAUGUGCUGUACACUUGAAGAAGAUGGUUGCUGAUCUGACUGCUGCUAACUACCAGGAAGAGGUGAGGGUGUUCAAACAGUUCCAUGGAAACAUCAUCGGCAAGGGAGGAAACACUCUUCGCAAGAUUCGCGAGGACACGGAGACUCGAAUUGAUCUUCCCACUGAGAGCAGUAGCAGUGAUGUCAUCGUUAUUACUGGUCGGAAGGAGAAUGUGCAGAAGGCCAGGGCUCGGAUUCUGGAGAUUGAGAAAGAGAUGGCACUGGUGGUCGACUCUAUGCUCUCCAUACCACGUCAACUGCACAAUGCUGUCAUUGGACCGAAGGGAAAGCUGGUGCGGAUGGUGAUGGACGAAUGCGGAGGAGUUAGAAUAACUUUCCCUCCGUCUGAGUCGAAGUCGGACGACAUAAAGCUGCACGGACCGAAAGAAGAUGUAGAGAAGGCUAGACGUAUGCUGCAGGAGUUGGCGGAUGAGCAGGCUCAGUUGAACCACACUGUGGAGAUACGGUGCAAACCUGAGUACCAUCGCUUCCUUAUAGGUCGUGGCGGAGCUAACAUCAGAAAGAGCCAUGUAGAGCAGUGGAAAUACCAAAAGUUGGAUAAUUACAAUUCAGAAUAGAACAUAAUUGCUUGAAACUCAACUACUUCAAGUGGCAACACAGUCUUCAAUGCUAAAGUAAUUCAAGAGCAUGCAUAAAAAAAAAAAUGUGUCCUGUUCUUGUACAUGUAAUCAUACUGUCUUAUCAGCCAAUCAAAUCUCCAUGUUAGCACCGGUAUCCAUCGCAGUCGAAGAACAAUGGUAUAAGGCAGUUAAAUGAGUUGCUGUU